GAGACCCUCUCAAUUUGUUUGCAUCCGGCUGUUUCUGUAGAAGGGUAAGGAUCCCAGACAUCUUGGUAGGAAUCUUGUGCCAAGUCGAGAAGGAUCCGGUCAAGUUCACGCGUGCCGGAACACUCAAGUCCGCCAGGCCAAGAUAUCGUGCUAUGACCCCUCCCAGUGCCCUGGCUGGGUGGAACAUUUGGGGGGCGUGAAAAGAUUUGCGAUCAAGCGUGCAUUAUUUGUCUGGGACUGAAUAUUCCGACUGUUACGACCGAAGUCACAAAUCGAGGUCGACCAGGCGUGUAGUACUCACAGUACGGACUCACCACUGGGACAAUCAUGCACUCCGCUAUCAUUCUACUGAUCUGUGCAGGAGCCGUCUUCCUAGUUAGUGGGGACCCAGUCAGUGAAGGAGAUGGCGUCCAUCCACGAUCCCCACGUGUUAAGAGAGCUCCUGGCGAUUCUGAAAGGGACUGCACAGCAACGCCUCCGUACAUUCCCCCGACGGCUAAAGACACCACAGACCUGCUGAGGCGCCUGCGCCAGGGGAUGCAGAGUAGCGCUUACUUCGCGGGAUCCAUACAGGCGUACAUCAUUCCUGCAGGGGACGCACAUCUGAGCGAGUACAUCUCUGAAAGAGACCAGCGCCGUGCGUUCAUUAGUGGUUUAUCCGGUUCAUCAGGCACUGCAGUAGUGACCAAUGACGGCUCGGGAGGCGGAAAGGCUGCGGUGUGGACAGACAGUCGCUACUUCCUACAGGCGGAACAGCAGCUGGACUGUAACUGGAUUCUCAUGAGACAAUACGAAGAAGGUGUCCCCACCAUCGUGGAGUGGCUGGUGAGUGAGCUGGGGCCCGGAGGACGGGUCGGGAUAGAUCCCCAUCUGGUCUCUAUCAGUACGUGGCAGGGGUAUGCUGAUCCGUUAGAAGCAGACGGUAAAGUCUUAAUCGAAAGUAGUGGUGGCAACUUAAUAGAUGCUAUCUGGGAUGACAGACCGCCUCCUUCAACCGCGCCUCUCAUCACUCAAGGUCUUAACUAUACAGGGAAGUCCUGGGAAGACAAGAUUACAGACAUACGAGAGAAAAUGUCAGAGCAGAAUGCAGAUGCGCUGGUACUGACCAAACUGGACGAAGUAGCUUGGUUGGUUAACCUGCGAGGUAGUGACGUUCCCUUCAAUCCCGUCUUCUUCGCCUACGCCAUCGUCACAGCUAAUACUGCCGUGUUGUACUUGGACACGAACAAAGUGACUGAUGACGUGAGAAGUCACCUGCGGCUGGGCUGUACGACAGGUGUGUCCUGUGUGCAGGUGGAGGCCUACGACACCCUCCUGUCAGCCGUGGAGGCACUGGCUGCAGACUCCGGCAUCAGGAAGAUCUGGAUCAGCUCAGCCUCUACCACAUACGCUGUCUUCAGUAAAGUGCCGGAGAGCAAACAGAUCCUGGACGCGUCACCAGUGAUGAAGAUGAAGUCCAAAAAGAACGCAGUUGAACAGCAGGGACUCAAGAAUGCUCACAUCCGUGACGCCGUGGCCAAGUGUGAGUACCUCAUGUGGCUCGAGGACGCGGUGCCUAGAGGAUCUGUGACAGAAAUAUCUGGAGCGGACUAUCUUCAACAAUUGCGUUCACGACAGAGGGAUUACAUGGGCCUUAGCUUCGCCGCUAUCUCCGCCUCCGGCCCGAACGGAGCUGUCGUCCAUUACAGGCCAUCUGAGGAGACAAACAGACCAAUCACGACAAGUGACGUUUACCUGAUCGAUUCAGGCGGUCAAUACAAGGACGGUACUACUGAUGUAACAAGAACUGUACACUUUGGGCAGCCUACUGACUAUCAAAGAGAAACCUACACCCUGGUCCUCAUGGGUGCCAUCAACGAGUUCCUUCAAGUCUUCAAACAAGGAACGUUUGGGAUCCGUCUGGACCAGGCUGCCCGGGCACCGCUGUUUAGUUACGGUCUGGAGUACGGGCACGGCACGGGACACGGGCUGGGCUCCUUCCUCAACGUGCACGAAGAUCCGUAUUUUAGAGGUACGGAAGGUGUUCCUGUUGGGGAAGAAGGCACAUUCAUCACAAUUGAGCCCGGUUAUUAUGAGGACGGACAGUUCGGCAUUCGUCUCGAAACACUGGCUAUGGUGAAAGAAGCAGACACAAAGUACAACUUCAACGGGAGAACCUACCUGACCUUUGAACCUGUUACAUUGGUGCCGUUUCAAGAGAAAAUGAUCAAAUUUGAUAUGAUGAACGAGAAUCAGCUAACAUGGCUGAACGACUACCACAGGAAGGUCCGUGAGACGAUCGGACCUGAGCUUCAGCGUCAGGGAAAGAACGACGUGUAUGAUUGGUUGAUGAAAAACACGCAAUCAUUCGAAACCUCCAGGAUAAGUUCUGGAGCUAAAGCAGCGUCUUCCGUCUUCCUCCUUGCGAUUGCUGCUAUGUGUAGUGUUUUCAGUACAUAAAUAACGUUGGUCAUAAAGAUAUCAAGGACCAAGUUAGUUUUCUAUGCACCAAUAUACUGCAAUGACUUAAAGGUACCUUUGAUCAACAUGCAAGUUUUUACUGGCGCUGGGAAACCAUCGCUGAAUGCAAUGCUUUCGUUCAAUAUUGCUGGAAUAGAUAUCACAUAGAGAUGUUGACAAUUAGACCUAACUAAAUUUAGAUCUAGACUAGUAAUCAAUGUUUUUUUGACUGCCCGCUUUAUGCAAGCUGGAGCUACGCCUAACUGUUGUAACUUGUUGAUACCUUCAGGUAUCUUUUUGAAUUGUCGACCAAUAAAGAUACCUUUUUGUAAACUUCA